CUGGGGGAAUGUGGGGCGCCGAGCCCGGGCCUCCCGGAGCCUCCUGGGAGUUUCAGGACUGCUUAAAGAGCGCCCCUCAGGGGCCCACCUGUCCUCCCAGGGCCUGGUGGACUCAGCCGCAUCUGUCCGUCUGAGGAGUGGCCGGCGACAUGCCUGAGGCAAAGCCAGCGGCCAAGAAGGCCCCCAAAGGCAAAGAUGCCCCCAGAGAAGAGCCCCCCAAGGAGGCUGCUGCAGAGCCCCCCAAAGAAGCCCCGCCCGAGGACCAGUCCCCCACGGCCGAGGAGCCCACGGGGAUUUUCCUGAAGAAGCCGGACUCCGUAUCCGUGGAGACUGGAAAGGACGCGGUCAUCAUGGCCAAGCUGAACGGGAAGGAGCUUCCGGCCAAGCCGACCAUCAAGUGGUUCAAGGGGAAAUGGCUGGAGCUGGGCAGCAAGAGUGGGGCCCGGUUCUCCUUCAAGGAGACCCAUGACGCAGCCAGCAAUGUCUACUCGCUGGAGCUGCACAUCGGCAAGGUGGUGCUGGGCGACCGCGGGGACUACCGCCUGGAGGUGAAAGCCAAGGACGUGUGUGACAGCUGCUCCUUCAACAUCGACGUGGAGGCGCCCCGUCAAGACUCCGCUGGACAGAGCCUGGAAAGCUUCAAGCGUGCGGGCGAUGCGAAGCCGGACGGAGCCGGCGAGCUGGACUUCAGCGGCCUGCUCAAGAAGAGGGAGGUGGUGGAGGAGGAGAAGAAGAAGAAGAAGGACGACGAUGACCUGGGCAUCCCCCCGGAGAUCUGGGAGCUCCUGAAGGGGGCCAAGAAGAGCGAGUACGAGCGCAUCGCCUUCCAGUACGGCAUCACCGACCUGCGCGGCAUGCUGAAGCGGCUCAAGAAGGCCAAGGUCGAGGUCAAGAAGAGCGCAGCCUUCACCAAGAAGCUGGACCCCGCCUACCAGGUGGACCGCGGCAACAAGGUGAAGCUGGUGGUGGAGAUCAGUGACCCCGACCUGCCGCUCAAGUGGUUCAAGAACGGCCAGGAGAUCAAGCCGAGCCUCAAGUAUGUGUUUGAGAACGUGGGCAAGAAGCGGAUCCUCACCAUCAACAAGUGCACGCUGGCCGACGACGCCGCCUACGAGGUGGUGGUCAACGACGAGAAAUGCUUCACGGAGCUCUUCGUUAAAGGUGAGGCGGGGCCGCGGCCGCAGCAAGGCCGGGGCGCGGGCUGCGGAGGAGGCCUGCGAGGCCGGGGCCCGGGCUGCCCAGCGGGCCUGCAGCCACCGCCCUCCCGCCCCCGCCCACAGAGCCGCCCUGUCCUGAUCAUCACCCCACUGGAGGACCAGCAGGUGUUUGUGGGCGACCGGGUGGAAAUGUCGGUGGAGGUGUCGGAAGAAGGUGCCCAGGUCAUGUGGAUGAAGGACGGUGUGGAGCUGACACGCGAGGGCUCCUUCAAGUCCAACUACCGCUUCAAGAAGGACGGGAAACGGCACAUCCUCAUCUACUCAGAGGUGAACCUGGAGGACCGGGGUCACUACCAGGUCAUGACCAACGGCGGCCAGUGCGAGGCUGAGCUCAUCGUGGAAGAGAAACAGCUGGAGGUGCUGCAGGACAUCGCGGACCUCACGGUCAAGGCCUCGGAGCAGGCCAUGUUCAAGUGCGAGGUGUCAGACGAGAAGGUGACGGGCAAGUGGUACAAGAACGGGGUGGAAGUGCGGCCCAGCAAGAGGAUCACCAUCUCCCACGUGGGGCGGUUCCACAAGCUGGUGAUUGACGACGUGCGGCCGGAGGAUGAGGGCGACUACACCUUUGUGCCCGACGGCUAUGCCCUGUCCCUGUCGGCCAAGCUCAACUUCCUGGAGAUCAAGGUGGAGUACGUGCCCAAGCAAGAGCCACCGAAGAUCCACCUGGACUGCUCCGGGAAGACCUCAGAUAACGCCAUCGUGGUCGUGGCUGGGAACAAGCUGAGGCUGGACGUGUCCAUCACAGGGGAGCCCCCUCCUGUGGCCACCUGGAUGAAGGGAGAUGAGGUGUUCACCGUCACCGAGGGCAGGGUCCGCAUCGAGCAGCGGCCCGACAGCAGCAGCUUUGUGAUCGAGAGUGCGGAGCGGGGGGACGAGGGCCGCUACACCAUCAAGGUCACCAACCCGGCGGGCGAGGACGUGGCCACCGUCAUGUUGAGGGUUGUGGAUGUCCCAGACCCCCCGGAGGCUGUGCGGGUCACCUCCGUCGGAGAGGAUUGGGCCAUCCUUGUCUGGGAUCCUCCCAAGUACGACGGGGGGCAGCCGGUCACUGGGUACCUCCUGGAGAGGAAGAAGAAGGGCUCUCAGCGCUGGAUGAAGCUCAACUUCGAGGUCUUCACGGAGACCACCUACGAGUCCACCAAGAUGAUCGAGGGCAUCCUCUACGAGAUGCGGGUGUUCGCCGUCAACGCCAUCGGCGUCUCCCAGCCCAGCAUGAACACCAAGCCCUUCAUGCCCAUCGCUCCCACGAGUGCCCCCCAGCACCUGACGGUGGAGGAUGUGACCGACACCACCACGACCCUCAAGUGGAGGCCCCCGGACCGGAUCGGGGCCGGCGGCAUUGACGGCUACCUGGUGGAGUACUGCGUGGAAGGCUCUGACGAGUGGAUCCCGGCCAACAAGGAGCCGGUGGAGCGCUGCGGCUUCACCGUCAAGGGCCUCCCGACUGGAGCCAAGAUCCUCUUCCGCGUCAUCGGCGUCAACAUCGCCGGCCGCAGCGAGCCGGCCACCCUGGUCCAGCCGGUCACCAUCCGGGAGAUCGUGGAGCAGCCCAAGAUCCGGCUCCCCCGGCAUCUCCGCCAGACCUACGUGCGCAAAGUGGGAGAACACAUCAACCUGGUCAUCCCCUUCCAGGGAAAGCCCCGGCCCCAGGUGGUGUGGACCAAGGGCGGGGCCCCCGUGGACACCUCCCGCGUGCACGUGCGCACCAGCGACUUCGACACGGUGUUCUUCGUGCGCGAGGCUGCGCGCUCCGACUCGGGCGAGUACGAGCUGAGCGUGCAGAUCGAGAACAUGAAAGACACGGCCACCGUCCGCAUCCGCGUCGUGGAGAAGGCAGGACCGGCGGAGAACGUGAUGGUGAAGGAGGUGUGGGGCACGAACGCGCUGGUGGAGUGGCAGCCGCCCAAGGACAACGGCAACAGCGAGAUCACCGGGUACUUGGUGCAGAAGGCGGACAAGAAGACCAUGGAGUGGUUCACGGUGUACGAGCACAACCGCCACACCAGCUGCACCGUGUCCGACCUCAUCGUGGGCAACGAGUACUACUUCCGCGUGUACACCGAGAACAUCUGCGGCCUCAGCGACUCGCCCGGCGUCUCCAAGAACACGGCGCACAUCCUCAAGACAGGCAUCACCUUCAAGCCGUUUGAGUACAAGGAGCACGACUUCCGGUCGCCGCCCAAGUUCCUGACGCCCCUGAUUGACCGCGUGGUGGUGGCCGGCUACGCCGCCGCCCUCAACUGCGCCGUGCGGGGCCACCCGAAGCCCAAGGUGGUCUGGAUGAAGAACAAGGUGGAGAUCCAUGAGGACCCCAAGUUCCUGAUGACCAACCACCAGGGGGUGCUGACGCUCAACAUCCGCCGGCCCUCGCCCUUCGACGCGGGCACCUACUCCUGCCGCGCCUUCAACGAGCUGGGGGAGGCGCUGGCCGAGUGCAGGCUGGACGUCCGAGUGCCGCAGUGAGAGCCUUGCCCGCCUGCCCCCAGCUGCUGCCCGGUCCUAACCCCGGCCCCGGCGGAGUUCUUCUUCCCAGUCAUUGCUGAGAAUAUAAUAGUGUGGACUACGA